UUUGGGGGGGGGUGGCAGACCAGACCAAAUGAAGAGCGGCGGCACAGCCCGCACACGCAAAGGAGACGAGACGCGCUAAAAGCGCCGGCUUUUGGAGCGCUGGUCGGCGAUGGGCCGGCAGGAUGUUUGCAAGAAAAGCAGCAUGGACUCGUCUCCUGAGACGGCCUGGCCCAAUAAGGAGCCGCCGUCAAGGACGGCUUCUUCCAAAAAGUCACCUUUGGCUGCCCAAGCCGACUAAAGAGUUGGCGACGGCUCAUUUUCCCAGAGCAAGUCAUCCGUCCAUUCGGGAGUCACAAUUGCACCUGGGGCCUGCCCCGCCUGUGUUUGAAAUGGGGGAGCAAACCGGGGCACCCGCAGAAAAGCCACGCGGGCGCCUGCAAACUCUAUGAAGGAAACCUCCAAGCGCCUCUUUUAUGGCCGUACGGCUCCCUUCUGGCUCUCUCGCCCAGCGCCCACCCCGUCAACCUGCCUUUAAUACACUUUGCCUUCUGAUUAGAUAAUACCCUUCUUUAUCCUGCUACUCGCCGGACCCCCCCCCCCUAAUAUCUGCAGGUCCAUCUGUCAUCUGUCAGGCGGAUUUGAACAAAUAACCCAAGGGGAUGUGGUUGUUAUGACUUUAGCGCUUAACCUUCCACCCGUUCGCCCAAGGAGUUUGAUAUUUCAUAAGCUCCUAACCGCUCACCAUGGAGCGCUCCUCCUCCACCUCCACGGUCAACAUUUGCCCGCCGCCCCCCGCCGGGACGCUCUCACCCCGCCUGGGCCACCCCCCUGCGUGCGGGACGCACCCAGGCCGCGCCGCGUGGCCGGACCGCACCCGGGCCGCGGCCGCCGCGCCUUUGUACAACGGCCAGCUGUGCGCCCGAGCCUGGCCGCGCUCCCCCCAGCGCGCCGAAUGCAAGGAGAAGCGACGGCAGGCUCGUUCCGGGAAGGAGCGGGCACGAAAGAGCGCGGGAGCUUCCGGGCCGCGGGAGAAGGGCUGCGCUUUUCAUGACGGCGCCCCCGCCAAAAGCUCCGGUGGGCCCCCCAGACCCCCUCCCUCCUCGGAGACGGGGCGGAGCCUCCCGGAGAUUUGGAUCGGCGGCGUGGACGACGAGGCACCCCCGCCCGGCAAAGAGUCGGCGGCGGAUCGUGAGCGCGGUCUCCUGCCGGGGGCGCCCCGCAACUGCAGCCCCGAGCGCAAAGGCCGGGCCAAGGAGGAGCGCCACUGGAGGACGCACAGCAUCGGCUGGCGGCUGGUGCGCAGGAGGGCGCUCUUCCUGCGCAGGCGGCGGCUCAACGACUGCGCGCUCGCCGUGGGCAUGUUCGGCGUGCUCCUGAUGGUCCUGGAAACGGAACUCUCGUGGAGCGUCUACAGCAAGAGUUCCGUCUACUCGCUCUCGCUCAAAUCCGUCAUCAGCCUUUCCACCGUGGUCCUGCUCGGCCUCAUCGUCGCCUACCACUGCUGCGAGGUGCAGUUGUACGUCCACGACAGCGGCGCCGAGGACUGGCGCGUGGCCGUGACCACGGAGCGCCUGGCCCUGAUCGCGCUGGAGCUGGCGGCGGCGGCCAUCCAUCCGUACCCGGCGGGCCUGCCGGCCUACUUGCGGCGGCGGGCGGCGCCGUCCGAGACGGAGCUGGAGAUCGCGCUGGCGCUGCCCAUGUUCCUCCGCCUCUACCUGCCGGCCCGCGCCAUGAUGCUGCACAGCGGGCUCUUCACCGAUACGGCGUCGCGGAGCAUCGGGGCGCUCAACAAGAUCCACUUCAACGCGCGCUUUGUGGGCAAGACCAUGAUGACCACCUACCCGGGCACGGUGCUGAUGAUCUUCAGCGUCUCCCUGUGGAUCCUGGCGGCCUGGGGGCUGCACGUAUGCGAGAGACACCACAACUACCGGGACCUAAGCAGUAACUACAUGGAGGCCCUGUGGAUGGUGUCGGUCACCUUCCUGUCCAUCGGCUACGGGGACGUGGUGCCUCACACCUACUGCGGACGCAGCAUCUGCCUCCUGACCGGAAUCAUGGGGGCCGGCUGCACCGUCCUGGUGGUGGCGGUGGUGGCCAGGAAGCUGGAGCUGACGCGGGCCGAGAAGCACGUUCACAACUUCAUGAUUGACUCGCACAUCUCCAAAAGGAUGAAGAUCGCGGCCGCCAACGUGGUGAGGGAGACUUGGUUGAUCUACAAGCACACCAAACUCUCGAGGGAGAAAGACCACACCAUGGUGCGCACGCACCAACGCAAACUCAUGCUCGCCAUCCACCAGCUCCGGCGCGUCAAGAUGGACAAGCGGAUCCUGGCGGACCAAGGCGGCGCGCCGGUGGACCUCUGCAAGUUGGAGACGGCGCUGUCCGACGUGCUGGCGGAGGUGCGGGGCUGCCGGGACCAGUUGGACGCUCACGUCCGCGGCUUGGAGAAGCACGUGGAUGAGUUGCGCGAGGGCUUCCGAGGCCUCAUGCCGCUGCUGACCAGCACCUUGUCCACGCAGAACUCCUCCAUACGCCACCUGCUGCGCCAGAGGGAGAAGGUCCACGCCGCCGCCAGGCAGGAGGACAGGUAGAGCCAAAAGUGGCCGUCUGACCCUAACCCCCUUGACGGGAUAGGAAAAUAGCGCUCGGAAAAGUGUGGUGGCUUACUCAAGAGCAGGCGUUCUUUAUGAAUUGAGUGCAAUGUGUUCAUUUCUGGUUCCGGUUAAAGCCGAUGAUUUUCAU